UUCUACCUGAUUCCAUUACGAGGUUAACCAAUUUAAAUACUUUAGAUAUCAGUGGAUGUUGGUUAAUAUGUGUCUUACCCACAAAUAUUGGGUCUCUCCAAAAUCUGUCCUUCCUUUCCCUGGUAGAUACAAGAAUCUCAGAGUUACCCGAUCCUAUAUCUCGCAUCUAUAAUUUGCGACAUCUAAAUCUCUCAUUUUCAAGCGUCCAAGUUCUACCUGAUUCUAUCUCGAGGCUGACCAAUUUGCAGACUUUACAUGUCUGCUAUUGUUGGAGUUUUGAUGUGUUGCCCACAAAUAUUGGGUGUCUCCAAAAUCUAUCGUCCCUUGAUAUUUCAGGAUCCGAUAUCACAGAAUUACCCGAUUCCAUAUGUCGCAUGCACAAUUUAAAGAGGCUGGAAUUCUCAAGGUGCAAGGAGUUAAAAGCACUGCCCCAUAACCUUGGAGCUUUGACACAACUAAGAUCACUUGAUUUAUCGGAAACUGGAAUACAAGAAUUGCCUGACACUUUGACGAGCUACCUCUACAAAUUAGAGUCAGUGAACCUUGGUAGUAUAUGUAAGUUCCCCAAAGAUAUCAAGAAUUGGGUGGAAUUAAGAAGUUUCAUAUACUCGGGGAAGACAAAUGGUGCGACAAUGCCUAGAGGUUUAGAAAAGUUAACUCGCCUUGAAGAAUUAGUCCCUUACCUGGUGCGGAAAGAUAUAGAGGUCUCCACUGGAACGAGUUAUUAUUCUACUUCUAGUUCUAUCCAAGAAUUAGCAGAUCUGAACUCCCUUCGGAAAUUGAAGAUACUAAAUCUUGAGAAUGUGAGAGGUAAAAUAGACGCCGAGAGGGCGAAUCUAAAAGACAAGCAAAACAUUAAAGAUUUGACUCUACAAUGGGAACCUAAAGAAGGAGAAGGAGACGAUUUGGCUGUUGCUAUUACUGCUGCUAUGGUGCUGGAAGGUCUCCAACCUCACCCUAAUUUGGAGAUAUUUUACAUUAAUGGUUUCCCCGGUUUAGAGCCUCCGAAGUGGAUGGCUUCAUCUUCCAGUCUUCCUAAUUUAGUAAAGUUAACAUUUCAUGGCAACAAAUGUGAAAAUCUUGUAAGCCUUGGUCAGCUCUCAUGUCUUAAGAUUCUUCACAUUUUACAUAUGAAUUCAGUCAAGUGUUUGGGAAAAGAGUUUUACCAGCAAGAAGAAGUAGGAUAUAAAGGUUCUUCUGCAGCUGCAACAACAACAUUAUUCCCUUCGUUAACUGAGUUGCGCAUCCAAUACAUGGAAGACUUAGAAGAAUGGGUUGCACCUUCUCAACCUGAUAAUUCCUUUCCCUGCCUUGAGAUACUUCAAAUUAGCUUCUGCAAUAAUUUAACAUCUAUACCAGAUUUAAGUUUAUGGGCUUCAACUCUACGACACUUGGAUAUUUCCAGCUGCUUCAAGUUGAAGGAGUCAAUAGCACUCUAUGCUGAUGGUUUACAAAGAUCGGUGAAGGAUAAGGAGGAGCUUGAUAUGCUGGAUCUCUUUUCAGCUCUUUAUGGAGCACCAACAAAAGCAAGCUAAAAUUUAUGAAGGAAUUCCAGAAGCAGUCUUCGCAAAUGGACAUGACUGUCAGAUUUACACCAAUAUGUUGUCUCAUAUAUAGCACAGUAAUAAUCUUUGUAAAAAUUUGUCUCUUUGUUACAACU